UAUUUUGUUUUUUGUUUUUUAGUGGUACUCAUCAUAAAAAGACUUGUUCUAAUCAAUCAGAUAUAGCUCGAUGGGAAGAAACUGAUAAAUAUUAUCAACUUAAUCAGCAAUAUUUAUUUCCAACAAAACCUCUUACUGUACAUGCUAAAUACGAAGCAAGACGUCCACUUAAACAAACUAACGGUGGAUGGUCUGAUUUACGAGAUCGACAAUUAUGUUUAUCAUUUGCAUUAAAAAAUCCAACAAAUAUAUCACAUAUAAAUAUAAAAAUUUGA